AUGCGGCUUCGCCUGAGGUCUCGCCUCUUCGUCGACGACUCUGUGGGCGCGCAGUCCAUGGACCAGCGCUUGCAGAAGGUUUUGCUCACCAACACGUUCGAUUUGGACAUGGAGAACUUCUUGUUUUGCAUCCUUCCGCAGAUGUUGAAGCGGCUGAGCCUCCUGGACGAGAAGGUUUUCGCAGAAGAAUUUGAAGUCCUUAAUCGUCUGCAAAAGAAUCGGCGCGAAGUUUGCGAGCAGGAACUCGGCGUGGGAUUGUCUGUCGGCAAAGGGAUUCUCUUGGAGGUCGCGUGCGGGGCAUCCGUGCCCGCUGCUUUCAGAGGGAAUGAGUUCCUUGCUGCCCUGUCCAGGGCGUCCAGGAUGCUGAGGUGGCUCGCGGUUUCGCUGCUGCCUAAGGUGCACCUCGCGAUGCAACAGCACGAGGGGAAAUGGGCGGAGUCUUCUACAUUUAGUUAUCUAUGGCAAGGCGUAGAGAACUACAUACUGCAGCACGUGCUCAAUUUCAUUUGCGAGGAGCGCGUGAAGCACCUGUCCUUGCAUUUCGACGGCGUGCGCGUGGACGUGGACCGCGUCGCCGUGACGGGGAGCUUGGGCGAUUUCUGCUCGGGUUGCUCUGCGCGAGUUCACGCUGCCACCGGAUACACCGUCACGCUGCGCAACAAGGAGCAUUCCUAUUUCUUCGACCUCCUGCGCGCGAAGAGCGCGGCAGUCGUUGAUGAGGGCGGCCCACGCAGCAACGAAGACAACAAGCAUCUGUUUCUACGGGGCAACUGCAUACCCAGUGCGAUCGCCGCACUGACUUCUCAGUGGGCGAAAGCGCGAGAGAAUAUUUCGGAGCCGCAGGACGAGGUUUUCAGGAAGUACCGCGACGUGGCAGAGCUGCUGGAGACGCCGCUCUUUCCGCGGGCGAGCCUCCUGGACUGCAAGGAAGGGCGCUACCUUCUUCACGCGGAGAACGGCGGGCUUCCGCAUUGCAUCGGCGCGGUGAUCCAGAAUGGGAGCGUCGUGAUUUGCGAGGAGGGCGCUGCUCGUAAGAUGAGUGUUUUUGAUUUCGAGGAAUGCUACGCCAGCGCGCUCGACAUGAAGAUGGUAGUGGCUUUCCGUCUGGGCGAUAGCAUUGAUCCUGAGGAGAGCGCGCGGCUGGACGGGCUGCUGGAUCUCCUGGCUGCUGGCCGAUGGGACGAUGACGGGCCGACUCCGCCGUCGAGGAAGCGACGUCGCCUCGCCUCCAGGGCGGCAAGAGCAGCGCGCGGCAGCCCUGUGUCAUCGUCUUCGCCGUCCCCGACACCUUCAGCGCGCUCCGCGGCCCCCUCGAACAUCAACUCCAGGCGCCACAAUGAGAACCUCAAUUUCAUCGAGCUGCUGCGUGCGAAGGGUCUGGCAGUAGACGAUUACGACAGCGGCGCGCCGAGCAGUGCGGGCGACCAGCUGCUUCGGCGCGGCAACUGCAUACCCUGCGCGUUCGCAGCAGUGACUGGACAGUGGCAGAGCGUGCGAGAGAAGAUUUCGGGGCAGCAGGUUGCAGAUUUCAGGAAGUACCGCGACGUGGCAGAGCUGCUGGGCACGAUAUUCUUCCCGCGGGCGAGUCUCCAGGAUUGCAAGGAGGGGCGCUACCUUCUUCACGCGGAACACGACGGGCUUCCGCACUGCGUUGGCGCGGUGUUCCAGCACGGGGAGGUCGUCAUCUUCGAGAAAGGCAAGGCGCAGAAGAUGAGCGUGUCCGCUUUCGAGGAGUGCUACGCCAGCGCGCUCGAUAUCAAGACGGUUGUGGCUUUCUGCCUGGAUGAGGAUGGCAUCGACGAUGGCGAGAGUUCGCGGCUGGACGGGCUGCUAGAUCUACUGGCCGCUGGAGACGACGAGGGCAGCGAGGCCAGUUGCGACGGGGAGAGCUUCGACGGAGGCACUGUAGACGUACACUCUGAGCUACUGCGAGCGCUGAAGGCGGAGGUGGACGCCGCGAAAGCGGCCGUUCGUGGAGGCAGUCAGUCGCGUUGCAUUCUCUGCCCCUUCAAAGAGUUUGACGAGAGCAGCCCCAAGGUGAAGCGGAACCUGCUGACGCACCUGUGUAAUUACCAUAACCCAGAGAGGAAGAGUCAACGAACUGGCGAUCGGCAGAUGGGCUUCGGUAACUACGUGGCGUCCGGCACGAAGCAGAUGAAGAUGGUCUUCGCGAUGUUCGACUCCGAUCGAUGCCAGGGGAAAAGCCAAGGGCGGUAUCUCGAACGCACUGCUCAGAUGUUGCGAGAGAGCGUGAAGCCUGCGCUGGCCUGCCUCAGGAUUGAUCGCGACAUCCGUCUCCUGUUGGACGGCGCUGGCCCGAUAUUCAUCAACGCAGCCGCCAUCAUGUCCGAGCCGCCCGAGGGCCCGACGACGCUGGCGAGGCGCGUCGGAGAUACGUACUACAGCCACGCGUUCGCAGAGAUUAUCUUCAAGGAGUUCAUGCUGAACCACGGGCGCGCUCGGCCCACUCGCGCGCGCAUCGUGGCGAGAUGCGCGGAGGCGGGGUCGCAGCUGACGCACUUGCUCCCGCAGGAGGUCACCAAAUGGUUGGAGCUGCUGGAAGAUCUCCUCAGCGCGCCAUUUGUUCGCGCUGCGCGCGAUCAGCUCAUGCAGCAGUUGCUCGAUCACGACGAGUUCGUGCACGUGUCGAUCGACGCCACCAUCAGGGCGGCCAUGCGCAUCAAAGGGCAGGCGAAUUACCGGGACUCUGCGGAGAAGAGAGCCGCCGCGCCUUUUGACGACACGGUUGCCAAGAGGCGCAUCCUCACGGUGCGCGGCCGCACGGCGGCCGUCGCAGGCAUGUGGCCGAUCGCGUCUGAGGCCGCGCGGAACAUCAAGGAUAUGCUUCAGAUGCGUCUCCCACAAGCAGCUCUCGAUCAGUGCCGCUCGAUCGCGACUGACGACCCCUCUGGUGAGUUGUACGGCCAGUUGCUAGAGAUCUGCAAGAAUCUGACGUGGCUCAGCUUGGACCCAGUGCACCUAGCUAUCGUUUACAACUCGGCUCACUGGAAAAAGCAUUCGCAGUAG